UACAUGUCCACCCUGUGCGUCUCGGAUCAGACCCCUCCAGCUCCAUCGUGACUGCAUCACAGCUGAGUGGAUCUCAGGGUCCAUUUGCGUCGCCAGUGCGUUGCAGCUUUAACCGGUCCAUCAUGCCUUGCGGUGUCCCAGUUCAGUUCCGACGCAAUUAACAACAACCUCAGUGGUCUCCCCUCAGUGGUGGUGGUGGGCACAGCAGCAGGCUAAAAGGCGCAGCAGCACAUGCAGGGAGCCCAAUAUCAGAUGUCCAGUAACCGGACGGACGCGUGUUGACAUCCACACGGGUUGUGACAGAGGCGGGGAUGUGCGUACGGCGUUAACUCUGCUGCAGCCAGGCGCGGAAUAACCAGGAUCUCCCGCAUGUAACCCGCAUAACAUGCAGCGGAAAGUAGCGGAUUUUACCCCAGAGAGAGAGACACACCGAGGCUACAGCACAACGGGGGAGUUUCAUAUGCUCUGACACACAGUGAUCUGCUGCUGAAAACAGGAUGGACAGUUGAACAUUAUUAGAACCCCUUUGUGGUGUGGAGGAAUGAGGGCCUCUGAAUGAAGGCCAUGGAGCUCAAAGUGUGGGUGGAUGGAGUGCAGCGCAUCGUGUGCGGGGUUACAGAGUUCACCACAUGCCAGGAAGUGGUCAUAGCUUUGGCACAAGCCAUUGGGCGCACCGGCAGGUACACUUUGAUCGAAAAAUGGCGUGAGACAGAACGUCACCUGGCCCCACACGAGAAUCCUGUGGUGUCCCUCAACAAGUGGGGUCAGUAUGCCAGUGAUGUCCAGCUCAUCCUACAACGAACAGGCCCGUCUGUUAGCGAGCGGCCAACCUCUGACGGGCAGGCUCGCGUCCCGGAGCGUGGUUUCUAUCGGCAGAGCCUGCCACCUCUGGCCAAGCUCCGCCCGUCAGGGACAGACCGCUCACUCAAACGAAGGGAACCCAAACGCAAGUCUUUGACCUUCACUGGAGGGGCCAAGGGUCUGAGGGACAUAUUUGGGAAAAGCAGAGAUGCUGAAGCCAAACAGCUCCAGCAGCAGGGGGUGAGUCUGAACCUGAGCAGGGUUGGAGGUGUUGGAGUAGCAUCUGUACCUGGGAGUCCAGCCAGAGAGCUGAGCCGACUGGUGCAGCUGCAGAGAGACAAACUCCAGGCCCUGGAGAGCCGUCUGCUGGGCUGCGAGGCCGAACUGCGAGACUGGGAGGAGACCGGCACCGAAGCCAACGAAGGAGGAAACUUGGAGGAGGAGCUGCUGCUUUUAGAGCAGCAGGUGAAGAGGAACGAUGCAGAGAUGGAGGAGGAGGAAUUCUGGCAGAACGAGCUGCAGAUCGAACACGAGAGCGAGCGGCAACUUCGGCAACAGCUAGUCGAGCUGCAGGGCCGUGUACGUGACUGUGAAGCCAAGCUUUCAGAGUACUUGGCACACAUACAGAGCAUGGAGGGAGGCCUGGAGCAGGAGCGGCUGCAGCAGGAGGCCGAGCUCAACCAGAGGGUCAAUGAGGAGGAGGUGCAAGCCCAGCUGGAGAAAGUGAAGGCAGAGCUUGAAAUGCAGAGCCAACACACGGCGCGGCUGGAGAGCAGCUGCAGGGCGCUGGAACGCUCACUUAGCCAGUCCAGCAAGAGAUUACAGGAGAAGGAGCAGGAGCUGGAGCAGCUGACAAAAGAGCUACGACAGGUCAACCUGCAGCAGUUCAUUCAGCAGACUGGUACCAAGGUCACCGUGCUGCCCGCUCAACCUACAGGAGAAAACAACAACGAAGUGGACUCUGGUUCUCUGAAACGACUUGGCUCUUCUCGUCUGCUACCCAGCGACCUUCGGACCCUUCAAAGCACCGUGUCCUCCAGCCUCAACCCUGAAGGCAUCUACGUGUGACCCCAAUCUGUGCAGGAGACAUUACUUGAGCAGCAGGGUUGGCCUGGUGUCACUAGGAUUGCUCCCCUGACUGAAAGGCUCCCAAGGAUUGACCCCCUAAGCUGCUGAAAUGCUCCUGAGCAAGGAACUGAAACAAAAUGUGGAGGCGAAAACAUCACAUGGAGGAUGUGUGGGGUAUCAAAAAAAAAAAAAAAAUCGUACAUCUGUUUUGCAUCUUUCCUUCUCUGCCUCCUCUUCCAUCUUACUAUGACUCAAACUGAUGUCAAUACUCAUUUGCAAACUAACAUUUAACCUGUCUGUACUCCAAUGAGUGAGUGAAUAUUCCUUUUAAAUCACUUUCUCAGAACAAAACAAAAACAAACUACAAGCCAGCAGAUGCAUUUUUGUUGCCUGAGGAGGCUUCAGCCAAACAGCGCAGACGAACUUUAUUUUUAUGUUGUAAAUCAUGAACAAAGUUUGAACACAUGUAAACAUAAUCCAUGCACGAGCAUGCACAAACACCGACACCACACCUGUGCAUAGCCAUAUCUGAUUGCCUUACUCUGGUGUUUUUAAAACCAGACGUCAAUGAAUGAAAAACAGAACUCAAGGUAGCUACUGAACUAUGCGCCAUAUAAAUUUGAUAAAAUACUUGGCACCAAUUCAGGUGAUACCUAGUCAUGGUAACUGAUGUCAGUAUAACUCUACUUUGGCUCAAUCUUUCACAUGAGUUUGAAUUCAUCAUAUUGAUUUUAACUGGGGAUUCAUUUGUCUUAUAUUUCCUGUGUUUGUAAAAAAUGUUUGCCUUUAAUAUAAAGUAAACGACAGAGGAGAAAAUAAAUGGAGCAUCAUCAUCAACUAUUGGACUUUUUUGGUGAAAUAUUUUGGCUCUAUGUUCAGUUUUAUGUCAGAUUUGGUGCAGAGCCAUUAAUCUGCUCUUUGUUUCACAUAAUCACUUUCUCCAGAAGCUCUGAAAUGUGAACAGAGCGAUGAGUGAUGACAGAGGCCUUUGUGCCUGCAGUGGAAAUCCUACUUGGAAAAUUGGCCAACAGUGACUUCAGACCCAGUCUGACCACCAGGUGGCGACAAAGUAUCGAUUUUUCAGACGGGUAAAAGUUAACUGUGAAAGUUCCUCCUGGUCUGAUGUUAUCUGUCCUUCUUCAUUCUGUCAAACAUGACUGUGCAUUUUGUUUUUUUGGUACAAAGCCUCAGCACUUUAGCUUUCAGUGUGUAAUUCAUCUGAGGUGCCACUUAGAUCGUUUGACAUGUUUCACUGUGAUCAUCGAGCAGGGACACACAAAGAAAACACACACCUCUCAAAGCAGUAUCACACCCACAUACUGUUCUUCCAUCUGAUUUUUAAUGAACUAAAGAUGUCUCAUAUGAACCAAAGCUAGUGUGGAAAACAAUAGUAGAUGAAUGUACUUUUUUUCUAAGAAUGCAACAUAUGCCCGUGAAGUAUACCAACUUGAGUCAGAUAGUACUUUUUCAGUUUUCAUGGUUUGCUGUUGUUAGGUGCCAGAGGGUUGAGCGCUGUCUUGUUGAAUCUUGACACAGGAGAAGCUGACUGUAAAAAUCUGACAACUUCUCCUCUUGUCAGGCUCAAACACUUGAAAACAAUUCCAUUAACAUCUGGUUGUUACUGCAUUUACCCAUUUCUAGUUGAGAACUUCUCAAAAUGGGAUAAAAUUGGAUUUCUCGUGAUGUGUCUGGCAUGAAACUGACACUAACUGUGUGGGAAUAUCUGGGCUCAAAUACGACUCAUUAAGACUUGGACUUGAAAUAACUUAUAAGUCUGUGGUUGUAUAUCAAACCUGUGAAAAAAAAAACUACAAGAAAAAUUGGGACUUUGUAGAAAAUAUUUGCGUUGGGGACUGCUUGCUGGGAGGAGAGUGGGCAGCAGCUCAGGAAACAAACCUUCUGGCUGGUUGACAGUGGCAGUGCCUGGUUUGACCUGUGUAAUGGCAGCAACAGAAAGUUUGGUGAUCUGGCAGGGAGUCAGGGCUGUCUGGUCUCCAGAGCUGCUGCCUGCUCUCCUCCUGGCAAGGUGGUCUGUCAGAGUGAGGCGGUGGACACACACAAUGAUUCGAGACUCUAACAUUAGCUAACAUUAGCAUAAAUAUGAACUUGAAGCUGCAGCUGUGAGGCUUUGGCUCCUGUUAGCAGAAUGCAAAACUAUUAGCAACAUUUUAGUCCGUCUCUGAAACGCUUUGCCAACUUUGACACAUUUUAUUUAGUUUAUUAUGAGACUCUCUUUUUGAUAAGUCUGUCUUCCUUUUUCAGGUUGCUCUGCAGCGUAGGCAGUUGUUGCCAAUGCUGGAGUAGCAACUUUCUCCGCAGGAUUCUCCCCCAUUGAAUCAGGGUUUCCCCAGUAGGAACACCCUUUCACUGAGAUGACCUGUGAUCGGCCAAAGUCUCCUGUCACAGACUAGAUUUUCUAAAGCCUGAAAAGGGAUACAAGAGGAGGUGCAAAAGUCUCGUUUUCUGUACUUCCUAAUUGAAAUUAGCUCCACCUUUACCAGCUACAAUAGUAAUGUGUACAUGAAUGCAUCAUUAUUUAUAAUCCAGUAUAUUACACAGUUUUCUGAAAUGACUCAUUGUGUAUAGCCCUUUUUUAAAUAUGUAAUUUAAGUAUAUUGUGGUGCUAAUACUUUUGUACUUUAGCAGUACUGAGAUAAUUCUAUUUUUACUUAAGUUAAUUUUACUUAAGUUAAACUGUAGUAGCCUAUGUCCUCCACCUCUGACACAUUUUGUGUUCAGAUUCUCACCUUUUUCUACAUCUACAAAUCUUUCUAUCCAUUCACAGACUUUAAUUUCUGUUGAGUUUUUUCAUAGUUCUACUAAGCGUGAUGUACAACCACAAGCUUUGAACUCAUUUCAGAAGCUCAGUAUCUCAUUGCCUCAUAUUUGAGCCCUCGAGAAGAAGCUUGUAUUUGUGCUGUGAGCGCACAAUAACUCCCUCCGCUGUGAAGGAUCUUCGUUGUUUGCUCUGCGGUGCAAAGGUAACCGGAGAACUUCACAUCACAACUUGGCAAACUAUUCUCAGAAAUUGUUCAGUGACAUAAGUUUUUUUCUUUUUCCUCCUCCUCCUCACUCAGUAUGCAGUAUUAUCGUCAUGGCAACAAGUUCAGCUGUGACACAGAGACUGUAACCCGCUAAUAAAGGAAUCACAGCCCUCGCUGACUGAAAGUUUUGAAUAACGGCAUGCCUUACUGGAAAAAAUAAUGUAAAUAAUGUCUACAUAUCAAAUCAGUCUGUUGACUUUUUUUUUAUAGUAGAUUGAAGUCUGAAAAAUGCAGAGUGCUAGAGAGGUUAGAUUUUAAUGCUGCCAUUGAACAGGCAGCUCUGUGUGCAUGCAAUAAUGUGUGAUUGGUUUAUUUGGACUCCUAAUUAGUAGCUACCGAGGAUGCAACAAUUCAUCUGAGAAUCAUUUUAUUUUCAGUUUGUUGUGUCCCUUUUUGCCUUGUUGACAUUUACACUGGUGGAGAUUUGAGCUUUGGUAAAGAGCAGGCAGUGAGUACUAGCAGAAAACCUGCACAUUAUUUUGUCGCCUUUUCAUUUCAUUCUAGCAAAGACAACAUCUCUGGAUGUCAAAGUUGCAUCAAAACAUGACAGUAUGUUUACAGACAUCGUCAAUGAUUGGUUUCUGUUGUGCCAUCAAUGUUGCUUUUCAAUAACAGAGCAUAUGAUGAGAUGAUGUAGCCAUUAUGGAGACAGCCAUCAAGUGGUUUUGAAAGCUAAUGUAGAAGCGCUGCGGCUCAGGGAUAUUUCAAGACACAGUAUUACCCAGACAAGAAUGGGCAGAAAGUAAUUAUGGAUGAAUGCUGUUCAUGAUGUCUCAAGCCAUUUGACAAGUUCAAUCAUGCAUUUGCUCUCGUGGGGGCUUGAGCAGCUGUUUGACAGAUUUAACAUGUAGCAUUGGCUCCUAGAUACAGCGCAACAAAUGUAACUGCUUCUGAGAGAGAUGUAGAUUUAUUUGAAAAGCAAAGUGUUUGUGUUGGCUCAUGAUUCAUGGCGGAGCUGGGGACAAACUGGGACUGGCUCAUGUGAGUCAUGAAUUGAAUUAGAUGAACUGUGCAUGGCUAACUCCACCGACAUUAACUCAACAUUGAGACAAAUUAAUGUGUAGUAUAUGUCAUCGUUUUGUAUUGUUUACUCACAAAUUCACCUGCUUGUUUUUUUUAUUUAGCCUUCAGAAUUUAACACAUUUUUUUCUUUGGGUCCUCAUUCAGCCGUAUAUGUAUGAAAGACAUGAAAAUCAAAUAAAAAAAUGAUGUAAAAUAUAUAAAUAAAUGAAUAAAAUAUAUUUAAAAACAUGCCAGAAAUGAAUAAACUGCUAUACAGCGCUGAA